AGCAUCAGAGCCGCCACCCUCGUGGCCUCGUGCACACACUGCGAUCAGCGCGAGAGAGCAAAAGCCAAGCAAAUCAGUCCUGCCUCGUAGCUCGUUGGUGCGCGCGCGCGACAACUCGCUGAUCGAACUCUCGCGAAUUCGUCUGCUGCUGCGGCUGCUGUAGUCAACUCGGUAUAGUUUCGCGUUGUAGAGUAGUCCACCGACUCCGUUGCGAAUCGUCGUCGUCAUCAGUGGAGAGUAUAUUCUAUAGCAGCCAGCAGGAGACAUUUCCAUAUCGUAGGACCGUAGCAUCGGCGCACAGAGGGCCAGAAGUUUGUAAACAAAGAAGAUGGCUGUGGAAAGCAUCGUGAGCGGGAACACGAAGCCCCUGGUGCCGCUCUUCUCCAAGCGCACCGACUGCGUCUACACGAGCUGCUUUUGCGAGGAGAAUGUUUGGAAACUGUGCCAGGAAGUUGCUACAAAGCAUGGAUCGGAGUUGCAGCACUGCUAUGUGGCUUUUAUAAGCAACCCUGGACGCAGUGUACCUCUGUGGAGGCAGCGCUCUGGAAAAGAUGAGGAUAAAAUAGUACUAUGGGAUUACCAUGUCAUACUGAUUUAUGCUCCGGAUGAGAGGGCUGUAGUCUAUGAUCUAGACAGCGAACUACCUUUUCCCACGCACUUUUGGAAGUAUGCAACCGAAACAUUUAGGAGGGAUGAAGCUCUGCCUCCAGAGUGGCACAGAAUGUUCAGAUUAGUCUCAGCUAGCGAUUAUCUUAAACAUUUUGCAUCGGAUAGACAGCACAUGAAAAGAAAAGAUGGAUCAUGGAUCAAGACCCCUCCUGAUUACAGCCCUAUUUCUACACCCACGUGUACAGACAACUUGGAUAGUUUUAUCGACAUGGAUCCCAAUACUGGUUUAGGGACAGUCAUGAGUUUGAAACAGCUGUUUGAUCGAUUUUACAGAUCGAACGUAGCUCCUCAGCCGCCGCCGCCGCCGCCGCCGCAAGCGCAAGCACAAGCACAAGCUACUCCGACUAACGGUCUUCGAAAACACGCAGACAUGCCCAGCGCGUUAGUUUGAGCGUGAGAAGUAGGAAUUAUAAUAAAUGCCGUGAGCGUACGAUGAAGUGGUAAAGAGCUGACCGAAAAUAGCUUCGCGGUAAAAGCGAGUUGUGUAUGAGAUUUUUCAUUUCGCAAUGCUUUUUAAUAUUUCGAAUCAUACGUAAUAAUGCAUCUUCUUUCACUGCCAUAAUUACAUGGUUGUUUUCAAAUAUUUGUAUUACGCAAAGCGUGAACGCUAAUUGAAAUUCUGCAUUUUCUCAAAUGUAAUAAAGUCUAUAAAUCUUCUUGUAACUAGAAUAUAAUAAGUAUUUUUUUAAUUUAAAUGAAAAAAGACAAUUUUCACGAAUAUUCAGCACAAAAAAUGUAGAUGUGUAACCCAAUCUCAAGAUUUUUGGCAGUGAAAAAGUUAUCAUCAGCCAUGACUAGUAAACUUUUUUCAGAACUUGUGAUGAACAAAUUUAUAGGAUAUAUAGUAUAAAAAUUAACGUAUUUAUUUAUUCACUUAUUCUUAUGAAGAUAACCAUUCAAACUUUAAGCAUAAAUACAAAGUAUAAAGAUUCAUUAAUAAAAAAUUCGCUUACUAGCUGAUUUUAUUUAGGUGCGUAUUCUUUAGUAAUAUUUCGUAUUAUCGCACUAAAGACUGAUGUACGUAUAUAAUCGGAUAUUACGUAUAUAAGCGAUAUUUCUACAACUCAUUUUGUCGACUCAAAUUCGAUUAAUGCGCUUGUAAUAAUUGUGCGAUCGAUGUAGGUAUAAGUCUGGCGAUCUGUCGCAAUUCCCUAAUCGAUUCAAAGAAUGCAUUACCAUUAGUGAAACCGAGAGAAAAGAAAGUAAUAUGCGUAAAUUGAGCAUUUUACAUUAAAAAAAAAAAAAAAAGUUUAGUAUAAUGCUAAAUUUGAAGUUAAGAAAGAGUUACGACUAAUCGUCAAAACAAUAAUAUAACAAUUGCAUUGUCCCGUAUUCAUAGUCGUUUAAGUUCUCGUUUAGUUUAGGAUCAAAUUGCUUUUUCAAUGCUACUCGUCUAUUCGGCUACGCAGAUUUUUUCCCAAACCAGCGUCUUCUUUGAUGUGGCUUUUUACUAUACACUAUUUGUCGGAAUGAACUUACGUCUAUGAAUUUGGGCCUUACUAUAAUAAUCAUACUAGUCCUUGUGAUACUUUACACUUUCUACUUUUUAAUACCUGUUCUAUGUAAAUAUAUAUACAAACCGUUUGUACUGUAUACCAAAUGAAACGGUAAACGCAUUCGUUUAUUGGCGAAACUAAUGAAUUGAUUGAACAGUAUGAGAUUUUGAAAGAUCUUCAUUAAAUUAGUUUUUAAGUAACAUCGAAGAUUAUAUGCUACCAAGCCAACGAAAAGGUAAACCGUAAUGAUAUGAUUAACUUAUCCUUACAACGAAAAUUUCUAUUAUUAUUCAAUUAUCAAUAUAUUUUCCGUCAAUGAAUUAAACAAAAACUUUUUUACGUCAACUUGUGAUGAUUUAAACUUACGAUCAGUCGACGAUGAUGCGAUCAUGAAAAGUAGAUUUCAUAGUAUCUCGAUAUAGAUGUACGAUUUUGUUCUUAUCGCCAACAAGCGAAUGAUUUCGAACUGUCGGAAUGACUGCUAUUUUGGUCGACUCGGCAGUUUUAAAAGUUCGUCCACUCUUUGCCUUCCAAAAAUCUUCACACUUUUCACUUAUAUACAUACCUGUUUAUCCAUAUAUAAAAAAAAAUAUAUAUAUAUACGUGUUUGAUUUCACUUACACGUGUCUUGUUAAAUUAUAUUAAUAUACAUAUAUACAAUAAUUAAUGGAUAUCUAAUCAAGAAACAUUGAAGUUAUUUCUAAAAGUUCAAUUGCAAUGGCAAAUAAGAAGUGUGCUUUUAAAAAGCGUAAAUAUAAAAAUUAUGCUUUCUCUCAAACAUUUUAAAUAAUAAGAAUUUUAUUCGAUAAAUAAAUAUAUUAAUUCAUUACAAUUCUUAAACUUAAAUCCAAAAAUAUUAAAGUGAUAAAAAAGUUUUUUUGUCGAUUUUUCGUAUUUCUAUAAAGACUGUUGCAUAUAUCAACAAAUCUAUCUAUAUAAUGUUAUCAAGUUAUAUACACAUAUUGUACAUAUACAUGCGAAUGUACAUUUGCAUUCAUUAAACAAAAAGAUACGUUUGCUGGAAAAUGUUACAAUUUUAAAAUGUUUUUAUAUGUUUCACCAACAGAAUUUAAUCGUCGUUGUGAUUUUAUGACUGAGUCAUCGAAAAUAAUUAUUAUACUGUUUUUUACACGCGAUAUACCUUUUAUUAUGCUAGCUACUGUGACUUUCUUUAAUCUCUGAGAUAAUGUGAUGGAAAAGCGAAGAUUGCGUCUACGCAUACUUUUACUCUUAUUCUGUACGUUCUUCCCGAUUUUCACGACUUGCAAAUGCGCUUAUGUAAUAUUAACGAUAUCAAUAAUAAUAAUUGCGAAUAAAAUAAACAAAAGUAUAUUAUAUAUUAUUAUCAAACAUCAAAUUUCAUAUAACAGUAUACUUCCGAUCGAUUGUUAAUCUCUUAACGUGAUAUUACGACGCAAAAUAUAAAUAAAAUAAACAAACGAAUGCCGUUAA